AUGUACAAGAAGGAGCGGCCCAAGCUUUCUGUAACUGCUCUGUUGUACGGCUCUGCGGGGCCUGCGGCCUCGUGGCCGACGCGACCGCUGCAGCCUCCUGAUAUUUCUCCCCCGGGCAUCCGCGCAGCGCCGGGCUUGAACGGCGGGGCUUCCAACGGGGUCUCAAGCAGCCUUCCGCCGCAGCCGUCAUUCCUGCUGAGUGGCUACGGCGCACCUUCGGCCAGUCGAUCACCGUUGGACGGUCGUCAGCUGAACAACGGACCUCCGGCCACUCCGCAACAGCAACAACAAGCCACGCGCUAUCCUCCUAACCACCCGCUGAGCGGCUCCAAGCACCUCUGCUCCAUUUGCGGAGAUCGGGCUUCGGGAAAGCACUAUGGCGUGUACAGCUGUGAAGGAUGUAAGGGCUUUUUCAAGCGCACGGUGCGGAAAGACUUGACAUAUGCCUGCCGAGAGGAGCGGAAUUGUGUCAUAGACAAACGGCAGCGUAACCGGUGUCAGUACUGUCGCUAUCAGAAGUGCCUCUCUUGUGGCAUGAAGCGGGAGGCAGUGCAAGAGGAACGGCAGCGCACAAAGGACCGUGCUGACAGUGAAGUGGAGAGCACGAGCGGUGGAGUGCCCCCCGAGAUGCCCCUGGAACGCAUACUGGAAGCUGAGUUGCGAGUUGAGCCACAUACUGGCACCCUGUCGGAGAGUGUCCAACAGCAGGACCCUGUGAGCAGCAUUUGCCAAGCGGCUGACCGACAGCUGCAUCAGUUGGUCCAGUGGGCCAAGCACAUUCCACAUUUUGAAGAGCUUCCCCUCGAGGACCGCAUGGUGCUGCUUAAGGCCGGCUGGAAUGAGCUGCUCAUUGCCGCCUUUUCGCACCGGUCCAUAGACGUGCGUGAUGGCAUUGUGCUGGCAACAGGCCUCGUGGUGCAGCGGCAUAGUGCUCACAGCGCUGGCGUUGGAGCCAUCUUCGACCGGGUACUCACUGAAUUGGUGGCCAAGAUGCGCGAGAUGAAAAUGGAUCGCACUGAGCUUGGCUGCCUGCGUGCUGUGGUCCUUUUUAAUCCUGAGGCGAAGGGUCUACGCAGCACUGCCCAAGUGGAGGCCCUAAGGGAGAAAGUAUACGCUGCCUUGGAAGAGCACUGCCGGCAGCAGUACCCCGACCAGCCAGGACGCUUUGCCAAGCUGCUUUUGCGACUUCCAGCCCUGCGCAGCAUCGGCCUGAAGUGCCUCGAGCACCUCUUUUUCUUCAAGCUCAUUGGGGACACCCCAAUCGACAAUUUCCUCUUAUCCAUGCUGGAGGCCCCAUCUGACCCAUGAUGAAUUGCACUGUACAGGCUCUCUGGGAGAGUGGUAUGCCCCUGUAACUUUUUUUGUUGAAUUUUCAUCCUGCUACCUCAGGGUGGGAUCAGGGCUCUGACUUCACAGCCCUGUGUCUCAACUGUGAGGGGAAAGAAGCUCUGUGAUGCCAUUUAUUUAGCAUGUUAACUACUGGCCUGUAAACAGAAAGCUUUCCAUUAAUCCUGCACAAAUUAGAGAUAACAGCAAUGUGAUAUGAUUUCUGAUGGGCCAGUUUCAGGAAUGGAAGAUUUUAAAGAAGUAACAGAAAAAAAAAAUAUAGUUGUUAUGAAGCUGUCACUCUUCCAGAUGCCACUCAGAGUAAUAGUUUUCUUACAUAUUUCUAUAGGUUUUAACAUUCACAGGGUAUUCAUUUCAAGAAUUGCUAUUGGACAUGUCGGCUUCAGUUGGCACAUAAAAUUCUUAUAAGAGUAGUUUGAGCGAGUUGGCAGUGCUAUAUUUCAACAAAAUAGUACAGGGUGAGUAGGGACAAGAGAGUAAGAAUAUUUACUCACAAUGAUAGCUUCUAGCUGUAUUUAUUCUUGUGAUGUGAUUUUAUAGAGAAUCAAUAGUGCAAGCACAGUUCGCAUACAUUGAAGUCAAGCUCUUUUUGGGAUAAUGCAGUUCCCUUAAACAUGCAGUGGUUGCCAAGGCCUGCUACUUGUUUAGCCUCAGUUAUAUUGAGGAAUGGAUGGAUGUAGUUCACCCUUACAGUGACAGAUUUAGUCAAGAGUCUGCGCUGCAUGCCAGAAAAUUCAGUGUUGAUUUUGGAUCUUGUUUCACUGCUCUCUAAUGUAAUCAUUCAUGGUACUUUCAAUUUGACUCCAAAACAGCACACGGAUGUCACCAUUUCUCAUUGUUGUAGUAUUUUCAAAAGCGACCAUUUGUGUACAAGGGUGAAUCAGAAAGUCUUUGCCCCUAUUUUUUAUUAGCCAGAAUAAGGUACAUACAGGUAAUUACAAAUGCUAUUCUAGUGCUAUGAUACACAUGCUAUUCUAUAAACCUUACACUAUUUUUCCACAUAGUCCCUGCACGUGUUUAGACGUUUGUCCCAUCCUGGCACUAAAUUUGAGAUGCCCCUGUGGUAGAAUUCAUCCGGCUGACUGUGAAACCACCAUUGGACUGUUGUCUUGGCUUCACAGCCUUUUACAAACUCGCAACACCACCACCUGACACUUCUCAAAGCGAGACACCUUUCCCCACACGGGGGCUGCAUUUCCCUGUGAAUUUUGAUGGGUGUUCGUCCCUUGCUCCAUAGCACAACCGCCAUCUUCAACAACUGACAGCAGCGCCGUUCCGCAAAGCUACUGGUAGAUAAGGCCGGGCCAGUCCAAGAAAGGUGCACCGCUGGGAAUGGAUAUGAUGACUUUGCAUUUGCAGCCAUAGUUUGGCUAAAAAGAAAAAAGGGGUAAAGACUUUCUGAUUCGCUCUUGUAUCUUCCUUUUACUGCAAAGUUGAUAAAAAGAGUUUCACAGGUUUUCGUGAGAUGGCGUGCAAUAGCAUGGUUGAUGUAAAACGUAAAUGCAACGCAACGUGUGCCAAAGCCCCGAAUGAGCUUUAAAAUGUAAUGAUUGAUUAUUAUGAAACAAAAUUUAUCUUGCGUAUAUCUCAUUCAAAUUGAAAACAACUUAUAUGUGCAAUUUCUUUAACCAGUGAUCCGUAAUUUUUGUUUCUCACAUCACAUUAUACCGGUCCCAUAUUGGAGGUGAGCCAGCAGUUUGUAUGGCUCCGGCAAUGAAAGCAGGAUGCUGCCAUAGUGCUGCAAAGCAGCCCGCAUAGGAGCCGUCAAUAAGACCAGCCAGCCACGGCCUCGCUCAAAUGCAGCAACAUUUGAAGUAACUGCUGCUUUUGGCUGUGGCAGAGAAAGCUAAUGCUGUGGUGCUGCAACACAGCUUGUGUGGGUCCCAUCAAUAAGACCAGCCAGCCGCGGCCACGCUCGAACAUAGCAGCAAUUCUGCUGUGUUGCUGCUGCAUUCAAGUGAGGCCACAAGCCACCAUGUGGAUGCUUGGUACUUCCAAAGAGUGUCUUUGUCUUUGAUGUAUCAGCUGUCGGAUCGGCAUACAUCUGUCAAGAAUUUUUUGCUAACAUGGUGCAGAUUGCACAGAAAGCAAAUGUAAUGCACGUGCUGUUAUUCUGUGGCUGGCGCUAUGUUGGUUGUACAGGCAGUUGUGUGAAUAAUUGCCUUGGAAUGCACCGCAGCAAUAUUGAGAAACAAUGGUGAACCGCUUUACAUUUAAUUCAGGGUUUACAAAUGUCAGCCAUUCUUCGAUAAAUCUGAGUAAUCUUCAGUGCUGUUGAAGCAGUAAUGAUAGUAAGCUUUGGUGGCCAUUGUGUGUCUGGAGCUGUUUUUAUAAUGAUCACAUUAUUGGGAAAUAUUAAUUAAACUCUUUGAGAGUAUACAUACAUUCACUUCACUUGCGCAGAUGCUUUCAUAUCAAGAUGUUCUUGGCUAAGAAGAAUAGACAUAAGCUAGAGAUGUGUCUGUGUCUACUUAUUUUCUUGACCUCAAUCAUUCUGGGCUUUGCCUAAAAUAAAUAUUGCAUGGGCUCUAAUUCACUGAGAGGUGAUACCUAGAAGAAUAUUGAUGACAUGGAUAUAGUGCCCGAUUCAUACUAUAAAUGGGCGUUUAUGGCCAGUUCUGAGGUCACUUAUUCUAACGGGAAAAGGGACGUGUCUUUUAGGACCUUUUUCUCUUGCAGAAUUGGUCAUGAGCGUUCAUAAAAAUGUAUUUCAAAAGGUGUGUACCAAGCAAGUGUCCACACCAAGUGCAAGAGAACAAGUUGGACCAGGAUGAGCCUUGGCAGUGAUACAGAACACAUUCUGUAUGAUAUGCAGGCAAAAUUGCAAAAGUGUGGGUUAAAGGCCAGCUGCAACGAAAUUGUAGACUACAUAAAAGGCCUAGUUUUAUGUAGUGUAGAUGGCAGGCUCCAUGCGAAAUUUUACUUCCAAAAUGGGAGAGGGGAAAAAAGCUGUCAAUACUGCUCACUUGAAGUGAUUCAUGGCCGAGAAUGCAGAGCUUUUCGGGCUGACCUCGGAGGUUAGGCAGUGCACUGAAAAAUCUUGGCGGCAACAUGCUGGGACUUUCAUGAUAUCUGCUAAACACCAGGUAUAUGCGUUGUCUGCUCAGAUGCUGUUUAAAGGCUACUAAUAAGGAAAUCGUUCCUUUGCCAGCACUGCAGUUUUGCAAGGAUUGCUUCAAAGUAGAAGACUACUCAUCUAAUGAUCAAUUUAGCCAAAGUUAAAUUUUGUUGCAAUUGGCUUCUAACAAUAACAGGAAGCACAACAAUUGUCGAGUCUCGUUAAUUUCAAAUAGCACUUGCCAUGACAUUUUGAAACAAUCACUGCAAGAUAACAAGUCAAAUCGAAAUGAAACAUUGAAGUAGUCGAGUGGGUGCAUUGCAGGACAUACUGGAUAAGUUACAAAGAUGUAGCAUAAUUUGGAGUCUCAAGAAAUUAUCAAAACUGCACUGAUCAAUGUGCACCACACAUAUUAUGGAGGUAGGAAAACAAUAGCCUUAUAAAAAUUAAAAGGCAGAAGGAAACUGCAGGAAUAUCUGCAGGAAUAUUUUCAAGUGUAUUGGCUGAUUAAGAAAUUAACAAAGCACCGCAGGGCCCAAGUACUGUAAAAAAGAGUGAAAUAAUUUAUGCUAUAAGCAGGGGAAUAUAAGCUUUGAGCUGCAGUUGUGCACAGUCAUAGUGGAAUCUCUCUGCGAGCCAAUGUGGGCAUUGAAAAUCUCUUUACGAAAGCAAAAAUGUCUACUUAAGCUUGGUAGUAAGAGUGAGGUGCUCUGGGUGAUGGCAGCAGAGAAGGGAUCACAUGAGCAACAUUUGUCAUAGGAAUGAAAUUGUGUCCAGGGAGUACAGCUCGCCAUGAUGGCAUGAUCCUCUUUGGCAGAAAGGUGUGACAGCUUCAUUUGUUUUUCAUCUCCGAUUCUGCACAGUCAUGUAAGUCUGCCAUGAGUUUUUAUUGACGCAUUGAUAUUGGGAAGACCUUGACUAUAUAUGUAUUUUGCCAUGUUAAAUUCAAGUUAUAUGCAAUCAGUUCUCUUGCACAGCUAAUAUUUUGCAGUCAUAUCUUGUAUACUGUCUGGAAGUGAACUAUUUAUUAAAAAUUAUGUGGCAUGAAAGAGACUGGCACAAUGAAAGAAUUGAAUUAUGUAUCAGUAGGUCUAAUAAAGCAAGUAUGAAUGCUCUAAACCAUUUGGAACCAAGUUAUAGCUUCCAAAACUCUAGUGCAAAGAAUGACAUGUAAGGCAGAUGUCAAUGUUUCCUUGUGAUAGCUGUACAACAGUAAGUAAAGGGACUAUGACUGUAGCAGAAACGCCACAGAUGUACAUGUCCCCAAAAUUGCAAUAUUAAUAUUGAUGCUUCGAUAAAAGAAGGAUUUAAAAGUGUUUCAGGGCCUUUUUAAAGAGUGUACAGUAAUGUGGACAUAAGUUUACUGCAUUUUACUGAACCACUUGUAGCAAGUGAGCACAAAAUCGCGGAUUCAAUAUAAGCCGCUGCGGCUGCAUUCUGCAUUCUGCAUUCUUCUGCAUGGGAGCAGAAGAGCAAAAUGCUUGUGUACCGUGCAUUGGGUGCACGUUAAACAAACCCACCUGGUCAGAAUUAAUCCGGAGCCCUCCACUACGACGUGCCGUCAGAUCAUACUUUUGGCAUGUAAAACUCCAGAACUUCACUUGCAGCAAGGAAAAUGGUUAUAAGCAAAAAAUCCAUUUUGCCACCUAAGGCAGAAAAUGUUUGGGUAAAUUUGUCAUUUCUGUGUAUACAUAUCUCAGUCUUGGUGCACUCUUCAUUGCUUGCAUAUAAAGUAACUAACAUAAAACAUAUUUUAAACAAUGGCAACAAUGAGUUGUAUUUUUUUGUAGGUAUUCGUUUUCUUCGCUCUUAAUUUUUUUUUUAUCAUCCAUCACAUUGAGCGGCCGCUUCUUGCAGCGUGGUGACAUGCAAGCCUACAGAAGGAUUUUGCCUUUUACAACAAAGGGCAAAAAGGAUGAAAAAAGGAAGAGAAUUACUGCAUAGUAUAGCCCCAGAUAUUGUGGUACUACUCCGAAGCUUGCAACUUUCUGGACAUCAUAUGUUGUAAUAGUGAAAACAUUUUUUGGCUGUGCACUAUAACUGAUCGCGUAUUUGAAAUGAGCAUGUUGAGAUAUGUCAAUGGUACAAAUUUCAUCAAAAUCCAUGUGACAAAAAUUUUAAGACACUGUGGUCCGGUGGGUGUGGCAUUUCAUCCUUGAAUCGAGGUACCACUACAUAUAUGUGAUAUUCUUUAAUGAAAUUGCACACAAGUGCAAAAGUUUACAAUGAACAUACACAGAAAAUGUGAUUUUUGUGCAAUUUUCAAUCCCCAAGAGUCAUGUCCCCUGCUUUAGAGAUCCCCUGAAACGAUGGCAGUAAAUCAAUAAGUGAUGGGACCGAAAUUAAUUGUGCAUAUUGUUGAUGUAACGCUUUUUACUACCCAAAAAUACAUCAUAGAACUUAACACUGGUGUCUUGCCCGCCAUUAUAGCACGAAGAAAGAAAACUACAGUAUCAAGCAUUUGAAACAUUACCCCAUAGAGUUUCAGACUAUGUUGUCUAGAGAGAAAUCUAGCACUUCUGCACUGUUGUACGCAUGGGAAUGCCGGUAUAUAGUGACUUUGGUUUGGCAUCAUUCUUGGAGAGCCAGGACACCUUAAAGACACUCCUGGCCAGCACCCUUCCAUCUGUCACAAUUCAUUUCCUACGAAAACAGCAUGUAAAGAGCUCUGUUAGCUUUAUUAUUACACAAAAAUAUGUUUUGUUUAUUUAUAAGGACUUGUGAGUGGAUGUACUAGAAUUAUAUGAAACGCAAAAAGGUAUCAAUGGGUCGCUAAAGUUGAAGAACAGACAAGAUUUGCGCUCGCUUUGGAACAAUUUGUUGCCUGUUGCUUUUCUUCGCUUGAUUAUGCAUUGUAGGUGAGUAAACUUUAUUGAAAAAUGUAAUAUGGGGGAAUGAAAACCUUUUAUGAAGAUAUUAUUUUAAGAACGCAUUAUCUGUAUAGCCAUAUCCAUGUUUUAGAUAAAGCCUCGUACAACUCCAGCCAACACAAGCCUUGCACACCCAUAUACUGUCAUUCCCAUAACGGCACAGUGCUCGUUAGAAAACUCGCGUAAAUGGUGGUGCCAGAUUUUUGUCUAGGUAAUAUGGUGAGAAACUCUAUGCAUUAGCCACCCAUUAAACUGUGGCAAUAUACUGUUACUUAAGAGCUCUGCUUCUGGUACUUGCUUAGAAGAGGUGGUUGUCUUGUGUGCCACUGUUUAGUAAAGUGGAAGUCUUUAUUAACCAUCUCAAUGAUUGGCUGUGCUAGCCAAUCUUAUGUCACCAUUUAAUGGUCCUUUAGGAACAAUCGAGGUCCAUAGUAAAAUACUAUAAGAAGGGAUUCAAGUUAACUGGUAGACCUUCAGAAUCAUGUCUCUAUAUUUAAUAAGGAGGCAUAUGCCAAUGAAACUUUGGCUGGCACUCUGCUUUUGUGUUUAGAGAUUUCAUUUGCGGGAAAAAAAAUAUAAUAAAAAAACAAGGACAUCUAAAAUUAAAUGCAUGAAUUGAAGGCACUUUUAACUAACUUACUUAAAUAUAAAUCAGUCCUUACUGAUUUUUUUUUAUGACAUCAAUUACCCUUAAUUUUGAGGGACCCUGCUUAUUUUGGUUAUCUUGUACAAACCUAGCCUGAAUGGGAGCAUGCUGCAACAAAUGCUUCUAAAGUUCUAUGCUGGUUCUGUUAACUGCCACAUGGCCAUCCCAGGUUGACUGUAUACGGGUAAAUAUAUACUACAUUUCCUUGAUGGAACUGUUUUCCAUCACUUUUGACUGCAGUGGGUGUCAGGCACCUCAGUAAUAUCACUUGCCCUUGUUAAGUAGACCCUUUUCAUUAUUGUAAAGCUUACUUCCGUGGAAAAGAGUUUUCUCAACUAAUGGCGGGAUAGUCAUUUUUGCAAACAGCGUGUACAAGCACAGUUUGCUUGUAUUAUUAUGUGGAAAAUGUAGAUGUGGCUCUCCUGAUGAAACCAUGUGCAUGAGACAAGCCCCAGCAUGUGCAGCUAGCACUUCUUCGUUUGAACAAUGGCUGGUGCUGCCAUUAGUUGGGCAAAUGUGGAGUGCAGAGAAGUGCACUUGUGAAUUAUGAAAGGGCUUUACAUGUUGAAUGUAUGCAUGCAAGGUUAGCUUCCACAAUAGUCUGCUAACACUGUUCUCAAAUCUAAUGUUAAGAGACUGCCCCCUUUUUUUUCGCUUAAGUAAUGCAAUGUAGAGGACGCUUAAGAAACUACAUGUGUGUUGUCGUAUUGCAUACGAGGCAUUAUUUUCUUUGCUGUCUCACUUAGGACAGGUGGACAAAAAAGAGACCUUAUCAAAAGGUCAAGUUUGGUGGCAGUGCACUUAUUUCUACAGUUUUUUUCCUCUCUGUGUGUAAAAUUGGAUCAUGUGCAAAGGCCACCUAUAUUUUCGAAACCAGCUAUCAUUAUGAAAAAAUUGACAAAACAGGAAAACUGUAUAUGCUUGCACCACAGUGGCUUCUUAUUAAUUACGCAGCAAAAAAAUGAAUGUUUUAGGAUAUUAUAGCUACAUUUUCAUCCUUUUAAGAUGUCAAGUCUGUGACCUGCUGUAUUUUAGUGGCUCUGGGGACCAUAUUCUGUAUUAACAGAUGGGUUCCACCCUCAGAACAUGUCAGUUGCCUUUAUUUAUGUAUAUAUUUUUCAUGGUGCAGUAUGAUGUAUAACAUGAGUUAUGACUCUCAUGAAAUUACUAGUUAUACAUAGUGUGCUCUGCUUGCAUUUAUUGAGCUAAUGUUUGGUUCAGUGUGUUUUUGGUACCUGGCUAUAACGAAAGAAAGCACACACUUAUGUUGGCCAGCCUUCAUGAAGCAACUCACCAGUUGUCAACACAACUGUUUCUGCACAAAAUUUGUUUAGUGAGCAUGUAUGUGAAGUGGUGAAGUAGACAUGUUAAAGGCACAUUAGUUUGCUUAUUUUUAUUAUGUUUUUUGUUGUGGUUGCCUGUAGAGCACUGGCUAGUAGUGGAACAGUCGGGAAUAAGUGGAAAAUAGUUGUAUGUGAAUCCUGUGCUGCUAGAAGCUUUAUACUUUAUUCUGUGUUGUGGAGGAGUGACCUUUUUUGGUGGAUUUCCAGUGCAUGCAUGACAGUCAAGUACAGGCAGCUUCAGAUCGCUUGUCACAACCAAAACUGUUUGGCAAACAAUGUGCUAUGUUGUUAAAAUCAAGAUUGUCGCCAGCAGUAAUUGUACUUCUUUCACUGGCCUCUGCUUGUGUUUCUGUGUUGUUAUUCAUAUGAAUUUCUGAAACUGUGAUUUGCAGACAGUACAGUUGAACCUCACAAUAACGAAAUGGGUGGAGACAGCAAAAAAAAUUGCAUUCACGAGAAUUUCGUUGUUGCAAAAUGAGACAGCACAGAUAGGUAAUGCGUCGCAGAACGAAACUCUACUGUCAAAAUUCCGUUAGCCUACUUUGGCAAGCUUUGCUUAAGGAUAUAGAACCGUAUUGCUGACAGUACAAGUGCACCACAUGCGUCAAUCAGCAGUGGCAGCACUGCCGUGGAGCAGCAUUCUCGGGCAAUUGCUUUCGGAAAUAUGAUUACUUUUGUGAGAUUUUGCGUAACUCAGCACCGGACGCAGAGCAACAGUGCUCCACACAUGCAGUAGCAUUUCUCCAGCACACGCUGUCGCCCAUAGGCGCCGACGCGUCCGGUGCCGAGUGCGAAAGUGAUCGUAUCUCAUAUAGCCGAAGGCAGUUGGGGGGAUCGAGAUUAUGGCCCCUCUGCGCAAAUCUGUUUGCCGCCGAAUCCGCACGUGAUGCCUGUCGGAUGGCACCAAAACCAGUGUUCUUGAAGCAAGAGAUGCGUAUUCCCAGACGAUGGCUCAAUCACAGCACGAUGCGUGGCACUCCAUGCUGCGACCGCCAUCGCUAGCGAUGGCGGUCGCAGCAUGGUAUUCCACAUAGAUGGGAUGUGGGUUUCCUUGUUCUUGCUGCAUUUUUCACACCAAGGUGCACAUACGCACUGCACUAGGUGUGCAAAAACUGUUGUCGCAUGUGUGCCGCUGCAAACGGGCAGUCAACCCAAGAUGGUGGCCAUGACGUGUUUCCAGCGCAUGCAAUCGCUUUGGGCGCUUGGUUGUUUUUGUAAGCAAAAAUGGCGGCCCCCACACAAGCGUAAUGUGGUGGUAUUGUACACAAUUUUAGUGCAAGGCAAUCACAUUUGAGCACAUUUUGGAGCCUGCUAGCCUUACUUGAACAGGUGAUAUGUGGGGUUACGUUCUGGCAAAUUUCAUUGGUGCGGGAUUGUAGUACAGCAACAUUUCGUCGUCGCGAGGUACGAAAUGCAUUGAAUCCUAUGGGCGUUCACUGGGGAUUUGAAAAUAUUUCUUUCUCGCGGGAUUAUGUUAUCGAGGGUUUUGACUGUAUUGUCAAUUGUGUAGGCAUUGUGUAGGCAGCGUGCUAGACUACUCUUGUAAACGAGUGGUUUAAACACCUUUGUGCGACUAUAAAGUAUGGCAGUGCAGGAAAGUUGUAGAUUUUUAGCACCUACUACUUGCUUUUAAUCUUUUAGCGAAGCAAACUUUAAAACUAGUUUCUAUGUUAUGUCCCUCUAGACAGUAUGGUCUGAGGCACUUCAUUUCUGAAGGUCUAGAGAUGCGUGGGAAGUUGAUAUAUACAUUGCUUGAAGCAGCGAAUCUCAUUGCUCUUCUUGGAGUCCAACAAAUGCUUUCCAUCCAUAUGGGGCGUGUGUUACAGUGUAUGGAUGCUUCCUCGCUGAUGUUAGCAUUCAUUUUAUAGUACCAUCUGGCAUGUCAAAAUGUGCACAUGUCAAAAUGUGCACAGUUCCUUUUUUAUUCACAAACUGGUGAUGUAUAUCUUAUACAUAAACCAUGCCAUUCAUGACAUGCACAUUCAUGACAUGCACUUGAGCACUACACUCACUUUGAUUUUUUUCCUUCAAGCAGUUUUAAUGCAAUUGUGUACUGUCACGCAAAAACAUUUUUUAAAAAUUUUUUAAAAUAAGGUCUGAAAGGCACCGCUCUUCGAUUUCUUAAAGGGCCCCUCACCAGGUCUGGUCAUUUUGAGCUGAUAAGCGCUGUGCAUACAAUUUGUGCUAACGAUCGUCUUUGCUAAGUAUUACAUUGCUACGUGCUACAGAAAGAGCUGGAAUUUCAAACCAAACGCCGUUUGCCAUUCUCCUCGCAGGCGCCACACUCCAAACAGUAGGGAUGACGUAUAUGUGCAAGUGCGCCUAUGUACAUGUGUCUGUGCUGUGGCAUCACUCAUAGUGACACGCGACUUCAAUAAUUAUUCAAGGCAACAUCUGUUAUCUGUGUCAUCUGUUGCUUCAGUAGACGAAUUAAAGUUUAGAGAAACAUUAAAACCCACAAACCAAAUGUAUGCGUCUUUUGUUUUACUUCAUAUUGCAGCAAUAGACAUUUACGUCCAUUUCGUCUGCUUGUUCCCACGUCGUGCUCGUGCAUGUAAACAUAGAGACUAUGUCAUUUUCUACUGUGUUCCAGCACGCGAUCAUGCUCUGUGAUCCGCUUGUGUCUGCCUCAGUGUUGUGUAGCACUAACUUAUACCGCUAGUGAGGUGUUCUCGUGCACAGCAUGCAAAAUCGUGCGCUGCGCAAAACAAGACAAAUGUAACAGCUCACACACGACACCAUCAGCGGAAGUGCGCCGUGCAGCAAAAAAGCGAGGAAAAAAAAAUGGUGGGGCCCGCGACGUAUGCGUCACGCGAUCCUCAAGCUCUGGUACGGGAGAACACAAAGAAGGAAUUCCGCUUGCAGAGGCUAGAGAGCACAAGUGGAGAGAGUGUCUCUCUUGGCAGUGGCACUCACUUCCUGAAAUCAUGGGUUUGCGGCACUGGAAUAGUUCUAUCUCGGCUAUUAAUGAACCAAUUUGGAAAAUUCUUGCAGCGGAACGCUCCGUAGAGGGCGUGUAACAACUUCCAGCAUAUAACCAAAAUUUGCUACGUGGCCUGGUGAGGGGCCCUUUAAGUGAACAUUGGAUGUGGCAGUAUACCUUCGGACUUGACCAUCUCUGCACUUUCAUUGAAAACUUGCAUAAUUAGCAUCACACUUUUUACCUUGUAUGGCAAAUCCUUAGAACUUUUGUUUUCACAUUCAUUCUCCUGUUGCCUCUACACGAAAAGGUAACAGAAAAGAAAUUGUGCAGGUCCAACACAAUCUUAGCAUCUAAAUGAAGCGAAGCUUUCAUCCUAUGUCAGGUGCAUUUCCCAAUGUCGGACAAAGCCACAUUGAAGGGCACAUCCAUCUUCCAUUGAAGAUGCAAAUGCGUGACCUUGACUGAAAUGCAGAAACUGCAAGUUAAAAGCCGAUGUGUUUAUAUUUUCUUGCACAGUGUAGUGUCUUUUUUACAGUUCAUGAAAAUGAAUUAUUUACAAGCGUAGUAUAUAUGCGGGGUUUCGAGGGUGGCAACUUUAGAGGGAGCAUGCUCAUGUAGCCAUGAGGCCACUACAUUGCACACGCUUGAAUGAGUUCCUCCUCAUCUUCCCGCAAAGAAGGAGUGCGGGGAAAUUCUAGCAGGAUGCUCAAGGUGGUCCAGUGCGUGGAGUAGUACGAGUUGUACUUCAACUCACUUAGGGUAUCCAACCUGCGAGCAAAAACGUGGUCGAUUGCAUACUCCCUUCAAAACAUGAUAGCAAACUGGCUUGGGGGCAUAUUGAAAUGCAAUAUCAACUUGAGACCGUAGGUGACCUUCAUGAAAUUGAGGAUCCACGUGCUUUGGGGUUUGUGAAGAUCUAGAUUAAGGCCCCCAUGACAAUUAGAGGCAUCUUCAUGUCUGUGUUGUUGUCGUAGCCCAGAGUUAUACUGAAAAGGGCAAACUGAACUAAACAUUAUUCCCUCUUUCCCUCUUAGCCCUACUCCUCCUUGUGAGGGGGGGGGGGGGGUUUCGCUGAGACUUCCCUCUAAGCCCUACUCAGCAAGAUAGGACUCUACGACAAGAAACAAGGAAUACUUGACAAAGAAAGCUUCACAAUGCAUUGAUAUGCUUAAUGUUACACUUGUGGUUGAUAUGCUAGGGCUAGUCAGGGCUGAAUUGCACUCUUCUUUGCUGAAAAUAGAUACAAGGAAGCGAAAUUUGCACUAGCGACUAGCAUAGAAAUUAAUAGGCCUAGUGGCAUAUUUGCCGAGAGCAAUAACAGUCCUUCACUUGGGUACACAAGCUCUGCCAGAGUGAAAAAUAUACCUGCCUCCUGGCAAGCCUAUGUCAUGCAACAUUUUAAUAGAUGACCACAAGAUUGCAUAUAUUAUCUUGCAAGUUUAACCUUGACAGUGCAGGCCAAGCACAAUAUUUAUUUGUAAAAAGAAUGGGAGAAGCUGCUGAAUACAGAUUUUAAUGUGCAUAGCAUUGUUCUUUGACAAAAACUUAGCUAUCAUUUCGUUUCUGACAAAGUGUUGCUGCUCAAAGCUCUACUCCUGAGCACAGUGUGCUGCAUACUGGGCAGCACUUGCCAACUGUUAUGGCUAGUUAGUGAUCCCGGUGCUGUGACUUCUGUCACUUUGUUUUGCUUGUUGAAGAUGUUUCUUUGUAGCACUGCAUGUCUGUGCUCGUGUUUUUCAUACUAGUGCACUUCACAAAGAGUUCAUGCCACAUGGUUUACACCAGCAUGGAGUCGUUGUGGUUGUCACAUUUUCACAUAAGCAUCUUGUAGAUACAAUUGAGUGCAUUGUUUUGUUGUUGUGUGGGUGCUCUAUUGAGGCCGUUUUGGAGCUUUCCACUUGUUAAUUUUGUGGUGUCAAAACCCAAUGCUUCUCUGUUAGUUUCUGUCAUAGUAGAUCUUACAAUCAUGUUCUUGUUCGACACUGCCCUGUAGAAGUCCACCUGAUUGUGCCAGCAUUCUUUAUUCACUGAAGAGCAUCACUGUGGUGCUGAAUUGCAGCUGAGUCUGGCUCAAGUGAUAAAGCCGCCAAGGCUGUGGCAGCGCUAAUACAGAAGUGUCUUAUAUGCAUGAAAAAAAAAAAUGUUUUAUGGUUCUCAUCUCUCAGGCUUGUGACCCUUGCAAGCAGUUUCUUGGCAGAGUUCUGCAUCAUUGUUUUGUACACACAAUAGUUAUUAAAAUGAUUUAAAUAUCAAAGGAUUGUA